UCCAUGUUCCCAUUCGCCGUUGUCACUGCUGGAGCAGCUGCAGCUGCCGGAGAGGAGCUGGGAGUAGGAGGUAUGAUCCCCCCCUUCUUUACUCGGCCAGAGUACAUGGGGCGCAUUGUUCAGAUGCGAGGACUCGACACGCAGCACUGCGACGCUCGCGAGGUGGCCAGCUCCAUCCACGGCCAGGACGACGGCGACUUGGAGGCUUUGAUCAUCUACAGGCAGCAGGGGCUAGUGAUCGCUGUGUUCGGCACCACGCAAGGUGCUCGUCUGCAGGCCCUCGAGUCAGACGAUAACUGGAUCAGCAUCUUCGGCCGGAAGGUGACCUGCGAGCUCGUCUGCGACCCCGCGCUCUUCACCGGUCCUCCAGCUCCGGCGCCACCAGACGAGCUGCUCCCAGUCCGAGCUGCACCUUACUCAGGCAUGCAUCCGAUGGCGAUUCAGGCAGUGCACGACCUAUACGAGGAGGAGAGGAAGGUCUGUGCUCCUGAUGAUGUCCACGCCAUUGCCGGUGUGCUUCUCAAGUUCGCUGCUCUUUCCCAGCCCGACCUUCUCCGGCUCAGCAGUUUUCCGGACAGGGCCGUGCUUCUACUGGGGAUUCAUCCGGCCAGAAACUGGGAUUACUUUGUGGCGGCUAUGAGCACGUAUGGUGGCCUUGAGGAGCUGGUCCUCUGUCCGCCCAGCAGCGCUGCUCUGGUUAUUUUCAAGUCCUGGAGCUCGGCGUCCAAGGUUUGUUGGGAGACUACAGCCAGGUGCUUGAGCUUGGGCUUCAUCGAGGGUCGGCCCGUGCCGGGAUGGGAGCGUGCUGCUCGGAUCGCCGACGAGGUACACGCACUGCUACUCCGCGUCGACGCGGCCGUCAGGAUGUGAUCACGGCAGGUCCUUUACCAUGUCUGAACUCUGAAACAGAGUAUCGACUAGGUGAUGCUAAUUUGCUCACCCUUCAGUGGAAGUAAACUGCAUAAUUCUUCACCAUGCGAGUUUGCUCCUACGGUGUAAAUUGAAUGUUCAUUUGUACGCAUAUCUUUUCAUCAUACUAGAUACUACUAAU